CCUUGUAUUUUACUAAUAUGCCUUUGUGUUAUAGCUGUCUCUAGGGAUGAAACAGAUGAGAGUGAAAGUGAUGUGGAAGAGCUGGAUACUUCCCCACCUUCAGAAACGGAAUCUGAGCUUCCACUCACUUCUGAUACUGCUCCUACUGGACCUGCUGACAUUUCUCAAUCCAGAUCUGAGGGACCUAUGCAGCCUCAUAUCAGGUCUUUCCCCAAAACACAAAUGGGCAACCGGAAGAGAGCUUUUAAAGAUUCCUGGUACAAGGACAAUAUAUGGCUUGAGUACUCAUUAAGCAAAGACUCUGCUUUUUGUUAUGCUUGCAGACAUUUCUCCCUUCCAAAUGCACCAUCAUCUGUUUUCACGUCCACAACUGUCUUUUCCAACUGGAAAAAAGCCUUGUGUAAGGAGAGGGGCUUUAAAGCUCACUCUAAAUCAGACCACCAUCAAAAUGCAAUGUAUGCAUGGAAGCAACACCAGCAUGUUGUUAAAACUAAAUCUUGCCUAUUAGAUUCCAUCAACAAGGAGAGAGAAAAGAAAAUCAAAGAAAAUCAGUUGUAUAUCAAAACAAUUGCUGAUGUUCUUCUACUGACAGCCACACAGAAUAUUUCUCAGAGAGGCCAUAGAGAGUCUGAGAAUUCAAACAACAAAGGGAACUUCAUUGCCAUUUUGGAAGAGGUAGCCAAACAUGAUCCUCUUAUAAAGAAGCAAAUGAGUGCUUAUGGGAACUCUAAAUACACUAGCAGUGGAAUUCAAAAUGAAAUAUUGGAAUGCUUGGCAGAGAUGGUACAGACUGAAAUCAUCAAAGAAGUUAAAGACAGUGAAGUGUUCAGCAUCAUCGCUGAUGAAACAAAAGAUCUAGGGAAAAAGGAGCAGGUGUCUCUGGUUUUAAGGUAUUACUACAAUGGCACUGUACAUGAAAGUUUUUUAAAAUUUCAGCAGGCUGAGAGCCUGGAUGCAGCAGGGUUAAGCAGCAUGAUAAUCAAGUGCCUUGAAAAGUAUGGCCUUGAAUAUCGGACCAACCUAGUGGGGCAGGGUUAUGAUGGUGCUGCCGUUAUGAGUGGGAGACACUCAGGUGUUUCCAAAAGGAUCCAAGAUGUGGCAAAAUAUGCCUUUUACAUACACUGCACUGCCCACUGUUUAAAUCUAGUACUUGUAGACAGUGUAAAGUCUGUACCUGAAGCAGAUACAUUCUUUGCAGUUCUUCAGAGGCUUUACACUUUCAUAUCUGGCUCAUAUGUACAUAAAAGGUGGCUUGAAAUUCAGCAGGACAUGUACAGUGGCCAACCUCGCGAACUUCAAAAACUGAGCGACACAAGGUGGGCGUGUAGGUAUUCAGCCUGUCGCAAUUUGAAAGAUCGGCUCCCUGCAGUAUUUUGUCUUCUUCAGGAGAUUGUUUGUGACAAUAGUGGGGAUCGCUCAGUGGAAGCACGAGGCUUACUAGCACAACUUGAUCUAACAUUUAUUGGGCUUUUGGCAACCUUCAACACAAUUCUUGGUCAGUCAAAAUUUUUGUCCGAUAUGCUCCAGUCACCUUCAGUAGACCUGGCAACAGCUGUUAAUCUUGUUGAGGCAUUGCUUGACACACUGCAGCGGUACAGGGAUGAGAACUUUUUUGAGGACAUGUGGAAAGAGGUGGAGGAAAUGGCUGUAAAGUGCCAAGUCAGUUUAGAAAAACAAGAAAAGAGACCGCAGAUCCUGAGCAGCAGGUUGUGUGGAUCUGUAGUCACUUCCUCAACUGGUGCGCGUAGAGAGAACUUGGGUAACAAAGAAACCUUUAAAAGCCAUAUACUCUAUCCAGUAAUUGAUUCAUUCAUGAGUGAGCUGCAGAGAAGAUUCUCUAAGACAAAUUGUGAAAUUAUGCACGGAAUCCAAGCACUCCACCCUAAAAGCAGCACUUUCUUGCAUGUAGAACCACUUUUUUCAUUUGCUGAAAUUUUUGAGUCAAAUAUUGAAGAUUUGAAACAUGAGCUCUAUCAGACCAAAAGGGUUUUGGAAAGGAAAGACAAAAAACAAAUGACUUCUCUCAUUGAAUUUGUGAUAUUUCUGGAACCCUUUAAGGAUGUGUUUCAUGAACUUUUCAGGCUGUGUAAGAUAGCCAUUGUAACACCUGUAAGUAGUGCUGCAUGUGAACGUAGCUUUUCGGCACUUAAGUUGAUCAAAAACCAUCUCAGAACAACAAUGGGGGAUGAGAGACUGAGCCAUCUAGGGGUUUUGAGCAUUGAAUCAAGACGAGCUAAAUCGAUAAAUAUGGAUGAAUUUUUCAAACGUUUUAGCAGCAACCAUAAAAAUCGCAGAAUUGUACUUUUUUGAAAUGAACCAGAUACAUAAACCCAUUAUAAGCCACAUUUUACAUAGAAAACGAACUACUACAUCCACUGUAUUUAGUCUGCAGGACAGUGGUUUUGUUGUUGUUGUUUAUUUGUUUGGUCAGUAUUAACAGUUGUUUGGCUAAAAUGAAUUGUAUAUAAUUUCUAUAACUUGAUGUUUAUUUGCU